CCGAAAUGGGCGCCUAGAGCUCCCUCUGUUUCUUUUUCUUUUCUUCUUAAAAAUUGUUUUGAAUUUUUUAAUGAAUAAAAAAUAAAUAAAAGUAGAAUCCUACUCGCUCCUCCACAUUCGUUUAACCACAUGUUAAUGCUCUAAAUUUAUCUCUUUUUUUACUCCUUCCUUCUGGAACUCGUCUUUGCAAUUUUCCUGGUGUUGUGUUUUUCAGAUUUUAUGUUUGAUUCUAUUGUUCUUGUUAACAAUUUGGAUUGGAAUUGGAUUGGAUUGUAGAUUAGGGUUUAGUUUGGUUUGUUAGAUUCAAUUGAUUGAGUUUUGGAAGAAUUUUAUUUAAAUCGGAAGUGUUUAUUGAGAGAUUGAUCUUUCAGUGGUGGGCCCAUCAUGACAGCCGGCGGUGGCAAUCAGUUGAUCUCCAUUCAUCCUGACGAGCUCAAGUUCAUUUUUGAGUUAGAAAAGCAGAGCUUUUGUGAUCUUAAAGUUGUGAACAAUACCGAGCAUCAUGUUGCUUUUAAGGUUAAAACCACUUCGCCUAAGAAGUACUUUGUGAGGCCCAACACUGGUGUUAUACAGCCUUGGGACUCAUGUGCCAUCAGAGUUACUCUUCAAGCCCAACACGAAGCUCCUCCAGAUAUGCAAUGUAAAGAUAAGUUUCUUUUGCAGAGUACAGUAGUACCCACACAUACUGAUGUUGAUGAGCUUCCACCAGAUACUUUUACUAAGGAUGGUGGAAAAACUGUAGAGGAGUGUAAGCUGAGAGUCUUAUAUGUUGCUCCAUCAGCUCAUGGAAGCUCAGACGACGAGGCUGCGAACUCCAUGCAGAAUUCUGAAAAUAACUCUGGUUUACAGCAACUGAAGGAAGAAAGGGACUCAGCUGUUAAACUAACACAGCAACUGCAACACGAACUGGAUAUGAUGAAGAGACGAAGAUAUCGGAAAAGCGAUCCAGGCCUCUCCUUGACUUUUGCAUUUGUUGUGGGGCUUAUCGGAAUUAUGGCUGGCUUUCUUACGAACUUAUUACUGUCGUCGCCAUCGACAAAAUGAUUUGACGGAACAUCUCAGGAGAAAUUUUUAUUUUUGUUUUACUAUACAAGUUCUGGUUGAAGGAAGGUCGUCUCCCCCUAUUGUACAUUGAUGGCUGUUGGUUUUCCAAAUGUAUUCAUUUCAUUUAUAUGUUAUUUUUAGUGAUAUUUUUUUUUGUUUAUUUAUAAUUUUCCUUUCAUUGUGAAUCAGUAAGUGAUAAUUUAGCUGUUAUCUUUGAAAUGUUUA